CAUCCGAAGUAUUCUUCAAUUAAGUUUCAGUUAAUUGCUGAUUCCGCUGGAGCUUGGUGUGUGGACUGCUGUACAUUUGAUCUCUUGGCUGAGUUUUUGGAGGGAGUCUGUCGGUGUCCAAGCCCGUUGCCGUGCUAUAUGGAUAGAGGAAUGGCUGCCAUGAUGCUCUGGGUUUUUGCUGUCCACCUUUGUCUUAAUGUGAUUUGCGAGGCUCAACCAGAGAUGUUCAGUGGCUGUAAAGUCUGUGGGAACGUCUCAAUGCCAUGCCCUGGCGUGCCCGGUGAUGAGAAGAGCCACAAACUCUUCAGAAACGGACAACUUCUGCACUCUGUGAACUAUGGCAGCAACCAGUCCAAGAAGGUCCUCAGCUCCAGAGAGCUCAGCCAGCUUAUAAACCAAUCGGACAAUAACUCCUACUUCUUGAUCUCGCAACUGAACGUCAACUCUUCCGGGAUCUAUGGUUGUGAGGUCUGUGUCCACUACCCGCCACCAAUCACCUGUAAAAGGAACUCAGAAGCUGUUGUGUUCAUAGAGUACAACUGUCCUUCUGUGAAGCCCACUAUGGGAGUGACCAGCCCCCCAAACCCUAUGCCUGACCACAGACACAUCCCUCUGCUGGUGGCUCUUGGCUUGGUCACCCUCUACGGUCUCCUCCUCACCCCUGUCACCUUCAAAUUCUGGAGAGCAUCAAGAAAGUCACAAUUUCAGGAUCACGACUACAUAAACAUGAGACUGUUUGGCCGCGGCAAGUACAAUGGAGUCCAGCACCCAGUCCACCCAGGAAAGCAUUAACAUGCAACAUCUGCAUGGAAAAGCUUGAGGAAGGCAAUCAGUCACACAGAGGCCUCAGUAACCUGUAUAAGCCUUAUCUAAAGGACAAACUGAAAUCUAAAGGACAAAAAAGAAUUUGGUGUGUUUUUGACCACUGUCUAUGGUGUGUUGAUGUGAUUCUGUGGGUGAGUCUGCUCUGUUAUUGUUUUCAAAAGUGGCCUUAACAACUAAGGUACUAAGCUAAGGUCAUGCAUCUGUAAAUGUAAUCAAAAUAAUGUUCCUGACUGCUCCUGAGAAUGAAAGCCUAAUGUGUAGGUAGGAUGAGGAAUUGGGCUAGUGGUCUGUCAUCAUGUGUGUGUCUGUAUACCUGUGUUUUAUUCCUGGUUUAGUGUGAAAUCAUUUAUUUGUGUUCUAGAAAUAGUUGACAUACUGUAAGAUUCAUGUUUUAAAUGGCUAUUAUGCAGACUGCUAUUGGCAAUUGCAUUUUGCUAUUUUUCUGAGGGCAACUGAGCUGACUGUGUAACAUGACAAUCUACUGUCAUAGUGUGGUUAAAACUGAAAAUGCCUAGCUCACAAUGUUAUUGAAUGAUUGCACGAAAGGAAGUCUAUAGGGAAGCUUUCUCCAUGCAGGGUGAUUCCUCCUCCUCUUCCAACCAUCACCAGGUUUUGCCCAGUUUGUUGGGGGCCAAGCAGAGUAGCUGGUUUUAGACAGUCCCAUCCAUGAUUCCUUUCAAGGUUCAUGUCUGCACCUUGAGUGCUGUAGCACCACCCACAGGUUAAAGUUGGACGUAUGUUAACUUUUGAUGUGUUGGGAAACUUAUUAGCAGUAUCUGGUAAUAUUGUCAGAGGUCCCAACGUUGAGGCAUGCAAACUUGUGACAUCGACUUAUCCAAUUUGGAUAUCAUAUUGAAUUUUCCUGAAAACUCCACAAAUUUCAUCCAAUUUUCAGAAAAUUCACAAUCAGUGAAACGCUUUCCCCUAAACUUUUUAUCCAUUUAUUAUUCAGGUGCCCUUUUAUUCAUUUUACCCUCUUAUUGUAUCUAUUUUACUAUUUUUGUCAUUGUUUUAUUAUUUAUUUUACUUUUCUCUUCUACCAUUCUAGUAUUUCAUUUUAUUCAGAGGGUUACUGUAUUUAUGAUGUUUUCUCUGCUGUGCCCUACUUGUCUUUUUUAUCUGCCGUAUCUUUUUUAUGCACAUCAUAAUAAUGGUCAUAGUAAUUUGAUGAUGUACUAUAAAGCCGAUGUCCCAUGUCCAAUUAGUAGAAUCCCAGAUGUUCCAUUUGUAGAAUCCCACAUCUGUGGGGUCCAAAU